CGGGAGGAGGGGCUCGAGUUCCGCGUCGCCGCGCAGAGCUGACUCUGGGAGGCGUUUGGGCCCAGAGAAGUGGAUCGGCCGCCUGCGCCGUAUGGAGUCCGAAUCAGAAAGCGGGGCCGCCGCUGACACCCCCCCGCUGGAGACCCUAAGCUUCCAUGGUGAUGAAGAGAUUAUCGAGGUGGUAGAACUGGAUCCUGGCCCGCCGGACCCGGAUGAUCUGGCCCAAGAGAUGGAAGAUGUGGACUUUGAGGAGGAAGAAGAAGAGGAAGAGGGCAACGAGGAGGGCUGGGUCCUGGAACCCCAGGAAGGAGUGGUCAGCAGUAUGGAGGGCCCCGAUGAUAGUGAGGUCACCUUUGCCUUGCACUCAGCAUCCGUGUUUUGUGUGAGCCUGGAUCCCAAGACUAACACCUUGGCAGUGACAGGGGGUGAAGAUGACAAAGCCUUUGUCUGGAGGCUCAGUGAUGGGGAGCUACUCUUUGAGUGUGCAGGCCAUAAAGACUCUGUGACUUGUGCUGGUUUCAGCCAUGACUCUACCUUAGUGGCCACAGGGGACAUGAGUGGUCUGUUGAAAGUGUGGCAGGUGGACACAAAGGAGGAGGUCUGGUCCUUCGAAGCAGGAGAUCUGGAGUGGAUGGAGUGGCAUCCUCGGGCACCUGUCCUACUGGCAGGCACAGCCGAUGGCAACACCUGGAUGUGGAAGGUCCCGAAUGGUGACUGCAAGACCUUCCAGGGCCCCAACUGCCCAGCCACCUGUGGUCGUGUCCUCCCUGAUGGAAAGAGAGCUGUGGUAGGCUAUGAAGAUGGCACCAUUAGGAUUUGGGACCUGAAACAGGGAAACCCCAUCCAUGUAUUAAAAGGGACUGAGGGUCACCAGGGCCCUUUGACCUGUGUUGCUGCCAACCAGGAUGGCAGCCUGAUCCUGACUGGCUCUGUGGACUGCCAGGCCAAACUGGUCAGUGCCACCACUGGCAAGGUGGUGGGUGUUUUCAGACCUGAGACUGUGGCCUCCCAGCCCAACCUGGGAGAAGGGGAGGAGAGCGAAUCCAAUUCAGUGGAGUCCUUGGGCUUCUGCAGUGUGAUGCCGCUGGCAGCUGUUGGUUACCUGGAUGGAACCUUGGCCAUCUAUGACCUGUCUACCCAGACCCUCAGGCACCAGUGUCAGCACCAGUCGGGCAUCGUGCAGCUGCUAUGGGAGGCAGGCACGGCUGUGGUGUACACCUGCAGCCUGGAUGGUGUCGUGCGCCUCUGGGAUGCCCGGACAGGCCGCCUGCUGACCGACUACCGGGGCCACACAGCUGAGAUCCUGGACUUUGCCCUCAGCAAAGAUGCCUCCCUGGUGGUGACCACGUCAGGAGAUCACAAAGCGAAAGUAUUUUGUGUCCAGAGACCUGACCGUUAAUGGCUGUGGCCUCUGACUUGGUGUCUGGUGUUGAGGGGGAUGAAGGGAGACCCCCCCUCGCCCUGUGAGGCGCAGGGUACAGAGGGAAAAGGAGGGGGGGCUCGAUAGCUUCCCAACCCCUUUAACUGACCUGCCUCCCUCUGUCCUUUUCUUCUCCUUGAGACCCUGCCCUCGGGCCCCCUCCCUUCUCCUCACCCAGACCUAGGGGCCCUUCAGCGGGAGGGACAGGCCUCUUUCUCUUUCACUUUCAUUUGCUGGUGUGAGCCAUGGGUGUGUAUUUGUAUGUGGGGAGUAGGUCUUUGAGGUUCCCGUUCUUUCCCUUCCCAAGUCUUUGGGGGUGGAAAGGAGGAAGAGAUACUAGUUAACAGAUUUUAAAAAUGUAAAUAAAAUAUACUUCCCAGAG